AUGCGGGGAUAUGCGAGGUUCGGACAGAGCGGGAAGCUGAAACCGCGAUACAUCGGACCUUAUCCUGUGAUCUCGAGAGUAGGAGCCGUGGCAUAUCGUCUUGGAUUACCGCAGGAGCUGGGUAACAUCCACGAUGUGUUUCACGUGUCAAUGUUGCGGCGGUAUAUAGCGGAUCCUUCUCACGUGCUACAACCCCAAGAGCUAAAGUUCACUGAGGCUACGCAUUUUCGAGACGAACCACUGCAGAUAAUGGACCGGAAGAUCAAGAAGCUGAGGACGAAGGAAGUGCCACUCGUGAAAGUCUUGUGGCGAAGCCAAGGGAUCGCAGACAUGACCUGGGAACCUGAGGCGGAGAUGCGUAGUAAUUAUCCUCACCUGUUUAAUUGA